AUGAAUUCAAAAUCCAGCGUUUGUUACACAGUCUCAAGUUUAUUGAUAUCACUGAUAUAUCAUAUCAUCUUUGUAAAGAUAACCAAUUGUUAUGAGUCUGGAGUGCUACCUAGAGUCACUGUGCUUUCAAGCCAGACGCUUGAUUUAUCACAAUGGCGUGCUAACCUGGACAUAGAUGUUGUAAAAUUUCCUGCGGGAAACCUUAGUUUCUAUGAUGCUCUGAAAGUCGCAGAAACGAUUUCUAGAACGGUGCAAGAAGGAAAUGGAACCAAGGCUAUCAUAGGGUCUGGUAACAAAUUCAUUGACAGGUUAAUCGCAGGCACGCUUGGAUUGUUGGUGGUCCCAUUCAUAAGUAUCUUGAGGCAGGAUGAGUAUCAGGUAUUUAAAGAAAAUCCUUUUAUUAUAUAUUGAGAAUAUCAUUGUAAAGAAGAAAGUACCGGACUGACGUGUCAUGCAAGUAGCGCGCGCGCUGAGACAUUUAACGUUGCUCAGUUCGUAAGCAAGUUAUGCGUACGAUUUCUCGCGCGUGUGUUUUCGCAGUUUUAGUCGCAUUUAGUCGAACAGUCAUAUAAUUUCAUCACUGUUAAAUGAAGGGGGUUCGCAGGCUUGUGACUAUUACAACAGAGGAAUUUACUGCUAAAUACAUCCAUUUUGCAAAGUGGUCAACAGUAGGCAGAUAUUUAAUAGCCUGGUUCAAUGACCUUCGUGAGGGUCUUCUCGCGUUUUCUCACGAAUAUGAAUAUUGGAAACUUUCCAUUGCAAUGGCGACUGUGGGUGACUGUUUUGAGAAAUACCAAUUAAAAAUAGCUAUGGCGAGAAAGAAUAGACAGUCUUUUUGGUUUAAACUAAUUAAAAAAGGUAUACUUUUCAUGAGGUUUUGGUUGCUUCACUAAGCCGCAGCAAGAGAUUUUCAUCUCUUGGCCUUAGUCAGUUUUUUGAAUGAUCAAGGCAGCGGUAAGGUAAAGACAACGCACCGAUAAAAAAAGGAAUGUAAUAUAAAAUUAUACGCUUAAAAGAAGGAAAUAGAGGUUUGAACGUAACAUGUCCUGAAAUCAAUGUGCAUGGAAAUUUCAUGACAAAACUAAAUGGGUCAAAUCAUCGAUUAAUUUUCAGUUUUAGAUAAUUUACCGAAAUUUCUUUAUCCAUCGGUUUCUUUCUCUCUCUCGUCAUUUUUUAACAUUUCCUUUCUAGUUGACGCAUCGGGAAAUAGUAAUCCUGGAUUUUUGUAUGCCAUCCAGUCCCCCUGUUAGACCAUUCCCUCAUUUCCAUUUAUUUUAUCAUUUUUGGAUGACUAGUACCUCACUCCCAGAUGUUUUGUUGCUAGUUUAGAGUCGCGCUCUAUUAAAAAAAUCAGGUUACGAGAUCGAAAUUUCAAUCGCGUGAUAGUUGAUGAGGGUGAAACAUAGAAAUAGAAAGCAACAGUGAUAUAAAUGUUUUAGUAUAAAUCUACUACUCAAAACUUAACAACCUGACAGGCUCAUGUCGACAUUUUAUUUCGUUCACAACAGCAAAUUGUUCAGAAGCUCAGUCAAUCAGAUGAAUUCACCACAACUGGUAGGGCACACUGAGUGGCAUUUUAUGUUACUGCCGAGCGGGAAAUUUAAAAUUGACUUAAACAAAAUCAUCACGGGAAUAAAUUCUCUUAGUUGAAAUCUCUUGUUUACUGAUAAUACUUGGCAUAUUUACAACAUAAAUUUUGAAUGAUGGGUUUUUGCAACACUUUACUCAAUAGGAUCAGCUCUACAUUAACCUCAGCCCAUCAACACUUACGGAGCACAUUAGCAUUGCUUUUAAAAUUGCCGAUCAACUUGGUUGUCAACAUGUCGCAGUGUUCACCUCCAGCUUUCACAGGUCAGAAAUUCUGCAACAGAUUCAAAAUCAGACAAGGAAAUCUUAUAUCUCCUCAAGCAUUACAGAAUUGCAUCUUAAUGACACGCCUAUUGGCAUUGCGAGAAUGAUGACAGAAAUUUUUAAGAUCACUGUAAACUACAACUCAGUUUUGGUUGUAAUGGACUGCAGUGAACAGGACGCUUCGUUCCUCAUAGAAGCUACUUACACCGUCAAUAUAAACCCUGUGCAAUUUCAGUGGUUGUUUCUUAGAGAGGAGGAAAAUAGCACUGAUGAAGUGAUAUCCCUUCCUAUAAAUGUGUUUGGCCUACGUUCAAAAUUUGAUAAAAAGCAAUGGGUGCAGGAUGCAUUGCUCCUCCUUAAUGGCUCGCUUUAUUCAAGUAACGACCAGAAUAAAUUUAUCAACAUGGGAUCCGUCAGCUCAAAAGUUACCGACCAAUUUGAACUAUACAGGUGAGUAAAACAUGAAAGCCAUACGGAGGGGAGGUAAACGAGUGGUGAACGAUCAAACAUUUGCUUGAGAAGAAAAACGUUAGUUGAAUGAAAUGUAUGAUCUUGAGAAUUCAUUAUCUAUGUCAGUUUGAGAGAGGCAACUAAAAAUUUACCAGUUUCAAAAAUCUUUUAGCCAGCCGGGUUUUAAAAAAUGUAUCAUCCAUACCGGCCUUAGUUGGGCUAUUAUUAGGCACAAAGUAUCGGUGCCCUAAGUAACCAUCUUGCAAUUACCUCGCCCGUUACUCAAGAGAUUUGGCUGGGGACAAACAGGGGUUGAAAUGACACAAGCUUAGUUAUUUAGAGAUUCUCCUCGACGACAAGAGUUAUCAGAAAGAUGGGGGUAAUGGGAAUAAGUUUCCAGGGGAGGAUUCAGUUAGUUAGCAGGAUACUGUCUUGGUAUAGGUAACGAGUGCACCAAAUCUCGUUGUGUGGUGGGAGUAUGAGUCACCAGAUUAAUGAUAAAGGAUAAACUUAAGAAAUAAUUUCUUUGCUGCUUUGGCUCAAUCCAAGAAGAAAAGUGGAACAUGAAACGUGAUUUUAAAACAGCCUAAUCGAAAAAAAAAGAAAUGAAAGAGAAAAUAGUAUAGUUUGUGCUCUAUAAAAGAAAAUGUUCCUUACAAAACGUUCUUUAGGAGAGACUCUGUUAUGAUGCUAUGACUUAGAGCCACUUAAUGGGCAUUUUUAUACGUUGGUAAUUUUGUAUUAUCAGCUGAGUUGAUAACGUAAAUUGGCGACCGUAAACAAUUCAAAAUCUGACGUUUUGAGCGUUAGCCCUUCGUUUAUACGAAGAGCAAAGAGGCGAAGCGCUAACGCUCGAAACUUCAGCUUUUAAACUCUUUACGGUGGCCAAUUUACGUUGUCAACGCGGUUGAUAAUACUAAAUUACCUCGUUAUACUCUCCCACCGACGCAGCACCACAAUUUCAUCAGAGACUAACUCCUUUUACAUAUUUAUACCUUGUCUGUCUAAAAAAUGUUACUCUUUAAAUCUCCAGAAAAAUGCUAGAUCAGGCGUUCUUGGGAAAAACAGGAUGGGUUCAGUUCGACGAGAAAGGAAACCGAGUGGCGACUAGUUAUGAUAUCAUCAUCACAUUCCGAGAGAACUCAUCAAGUUCAGGGGAAGUGGCAUGGGUUACCAUGGGAUCUGCAACAGGCCAUCGAGUCAGCUUUCAAAGGUCGUUAUGGGCGACCAAUGUUUGUGAUCCCAAAGAAAUACUUCGAGUGGUGGUUAUUGAAGAAGAACCAAUGUUGAUAGUAAGUAAGGAAGAUGUGGCUACAUUCAGUGAGUGCGUUUUGAGUUACCCUUGCACAAAAUACAAGCACUAUGAUAACAACUCCGUGCAAAAUACACCGAUAAAGUGCUGUUGUAUUGGCUUUCUAAUAGAUCUCUUGCAGUGGCUUGAAAAAGACUUAUCUCUUUCGGUGGAGUUGUAUUUGUGUAGGGAUGGCAAGUAUGGGGCUUACAAUGCGGACUCUAAAGAAUGGGAUGGAAUGAUUGGCGAUUUGCUUUCUAACAGAACUGACAUGGCUCUUUCAGCGUUGACUACAACGAGAAUGAGGGAAAAAUACAUUGACUUUUCUUAUCCAUUUUUUCAUGGAGAAAUGAAGCUGCUCAUCUCUGUCACUCCAGUAAGAGUUAAUGUGGAAAUUGGGUUCCUGGCACCGUUUGACAAAGCCUUGUGGAUUGUCUUUUUGGCUACUGUCAGUGGUGUUCUUGCAACAGUAUGGCUCAUGGAAAGAAUAAGUCCGAAUCGCCAACGGAUAAUCUUUGCAGAAAAGGACACCAAAUUCAGUUUGUCGACAUGUAUGUCUUACAUUUGGAGUAAUGUAGUGAAACUUGAGUUGGAAGGCAAGAAGCCACAGAGCAUUAGUGCGAGACUUACAACUGCUGUGUUUUCCUUCUCAACACUGAUAAUAAUUACAACAUACACGGCUAAAUUGGCAGCUUCUCUUGUUCAACUGGAUGGAGAAUCCCCUGUCACAGGGAUUAAUGAUCCUAAGGUAACUAAAACUAAAGCUCUGAAUGUUGGUUAUUUUCUUUCUGUCCUGUUCUGAAAUGGCUUCAAGCCAUUUCAGGACAGGUUGAAGAUAUGAUUUCGGGCCAAUGAUAUCUGUGAACAUAACUUGGUAAGCCUGUGUAAAUUGGUGUUUCCUCCAGCUCCCAUAAAGACCAUUAAGACCCAUAAAAACCACCAUAAAUAUAGUGAGUUCAACACAAAGAAAAAUCAUUUUGGGUAGCUCACGUAUGAGACAAGUUAGAUAAGGUUUCAGGUAUUCAUAUUGGAAUAUUUUUAGAAAAGAGCUGACACUGUUUCUUACUUGUUUUGCAGUUUCAAGAUCCUCCGCCAGGCUUCACAUUUACCACUCUUCAUAGUAGUAGUAUACUGUCCUUCUUUACAAACAGUGAUGAUCCUGCAUACAGAAAAAUAGGAAGAAACAUGAUGCCCUAUACUGUGAGGAGCUACAACGAGGGCCUCGAAAAACUAAAGAAAGGGUCGGUAUUAAUCCUCUUUUCAAACUUGGAUUUAUGAUGGAAACAUGUCUUGCACACGGUAGUGAAUAUACAGCCUUAGUCAUGCCUUCCUAAGAAAGGGGUUACUUAUUUUGAAUGUUCUCCAUGUAAGAAUAAAUGUUAUGACCUGCUAAAAUUCCAAGUAAAAACCUUUGGGCAGAGUUAUAAUAAACAAUCAACCCCUAUAUAUUCCCUACUGCCUUGUAACUGAGUGGUAACGGCCAUGACACCUGGGUUAUAAUGGGUUGUAGUGCAUUCUUAGGGAUCUGAAUGGAGGACUCCACAAAGGCGGUUUAGCGGCAACUAUGUGGAUUCCCCCACUUCAAGCAAUUCAUCGUUGCUACUCAAAAACUGAUUAAAACUAAGUAAGUCCCCCUCUCCCGCGUUGAAAAUAACUCUGUAAUGCAUAGUUUCUUAUCUACCAAAAUUCUAUAUGAGACUGUUACCCCAGGAUGGUGUCCGGUCAAUUCGCCACCACAACAAACUCGCCACCGCGAAGAGUCAAGUUGCUACCAGUGGCGAUUUGACUUCAACAUCAUGAGUAGCCUGUCGUAUGAACCUUACAUCAAAACUAAGACUUUUUAGAAGUAUAUUGCGAAAAGGGAAAAGGACUCAGAAGUUAUGCGUAGCGUCUCAAUUAUGGAACGUGAACCGGUAAAUGAAGUUAAACAUGUUGAUAUCCCAAACUUCAGUUUGCGGAAAGCGAAACCAGAGUAAUUUUCGCCAAAUGCUGUUCAUAGUAGUGAUUUUCGCCGAUGUUGAUUAAACCGCAUGAAAUUUACAUCAAAUGAAAGCUAAGAUAUAGUAGUAUAUUGCGACACGAAAUGCUCGUACAAGUAGAGCGAAAUUUGUAGAAACGGACUUGGCUUCCUUUCUUUGUGUUAAUCACAAAGGAUGCCGUCUUGACCUGUAACACGAGUUUCUUUCUCAUGGACGCAUUUCGUAAUCAAAUCAAAUCUAUAUCAUAAAAGUGCACACAAACCCAGUGUAUUACAAUAAUAAAUAGCAUGUCAGCGAUGUUUCGCUGACAUACGGCUUUGAGGUGCCUCCGCGUCAGGAGCCAUUUACAAUGUGAUGGAUGUUACAUGUGGCAUUUAACGGAUAACGUGCCAUAAUUGAGAAUUGACUGUAAACCCUCAGAAUAACUCAUGUCGAUCUCUCUAAGCCAACCCAAUUAGUAAACUGCGGUUAUAAUUAAUUUAGGCAGGCAUUUUUUUUUCCACAAGUUCACAAUCUACUCUCCUUUUCCCAGUUACGCGUAGUCCUGAGAAGGACAUUUGUCAGUUGUGAUGACUAACGUUUGGACAACCUGAGUGAAUGUCUCGAUUCUUAUGAAAAAAACUGAAAGAUAUCGACGUUCCUUCAUGCCAUCUAUUUGUAGUAAAUUCUCAAUCUUACCCAAUAAUAAACGAGGAAACUGUUUUUAUGUUUUUAGUGAGUAAAUAUCACUUUUGCACAAAGGUCUUAAGGGUAAAUUAGAUACUAAUUAACAUAUAUCUUAUAAUUCAACUUUUAUCGUGUAUAGUACUUUUUAAGGAUCAUGCAUAUCGUUUAAUUUUUCUAGACCUUAUUGACGGUAAAUACCACGCAAUUUGCCUUACUAGUUGCGAUGUGACAUUGUUUGCUUAAUAAAUCUAUCAUAUCUAUCAUGAUGACUUUAGGGCUCUACUGAAAAAACCUUGAAGAGUUGGGUUCCCUCAUUAAAUAUCAUGAUUAUUAUAAUAAUUAUUAUUAUUACUUUUGUUUGUCACUUCUGCUAAGUUUGUCGAAACGUCCGCCACCACCACCAACAACAGUCCUUCACAGGACUUUCUUCCUCCCAUACGAUUAGACUACACGAUCACUUGAUUUUGCUACGCCUAUUUAUUUUCGGUUUUUUUUUUUCUGAGUCAACAAAUGAAACGCCACAUGGUCUUAUCUUCCAGUUUGUACACAUUCCUUACUUUGAUUUUCACUUUCUUUUCAGGGAAAUUAAAGCCUUCAUCUACGACUCACCAUUCAUUGACCUUGGAGCUUCCAAGAUGCCCGGAUGUUCGUUUAAAGUAGUAGGGAACCCAAUAAUUACUGUAGCAUACGCCAUAGGAUUUCCCAAAAACUCGAAGUGGAGAGAUCCGGUUUCAAAUCUGUUGCUUAAAUACCAAAAAAUAGAUUACUUUAGGAAACUGAAGGAAAAAUGGUUUAGAGGAGGCUGUUUUUAUACCGGUCGAUCAUCUCAAAGCGCUGAAGAGAUGAAGCCUGUUAAUUUUGGUGGCCUUUUCUUUAUAUUAGGUGGAGCAAUAGUUGUGUGUUUUCUUAUUUUACUUGGAGAGUGCCUGUGGUCGCGCCAUGAACGAAAGGAAGGGAGAUUUACCCCUAAAGGAAUCGGACAGAGUAACAAGUCCUCAAUAAUUCUUUCCUUCUCUGACGAGCAAAGAAAGGAGCGAAGCCAAGGUGGAAAUUUUAGCACGCGUGUUCGAUCUGAGACAAUUCCUCCUUUCUUGGUAGUGUAGCAUUUUUGCUAUUAUUAAACAAAUAUUAAAUAUUUUUAAAAGUUAAUGUGCUAAGGAAAAUGUAUGCCAGAUAACUGCCACAAAUGCUGAAAUCUGAAAUUAAUCUGAGAAUCCCACCCCCCAAAACGCUCUCAAGUCAAUCCAUAAAGGCAUUCACCUUCUGGAAAUGACAUGGGGAAAAUAAUUAAGCCUGCGAUAAUCAUACAUUUACAGUAUCAAGGCUGCGCAUUUAUAGUGAAUCUCUAACUGUUAAUCUGACACAGACAGGACAGGUCGAGCAUAUGGGAACAGAUGGAAAAUACGUUUAUUUAAUAAUGUGUCAACACGAAGCGGAGUUCAGUCUUACGCGAUUAUCGAAUUAUUUUCCUACAUAAUGUCUCUCGAUUCCUAAAAUUAGAAAAUUCUGUUAUUAAUUCUGAAUUAAUCUGUUGCCAUGAGUCAGGUCAAGGACACUUCCUCGAAAUGACUUGCGGAAAAAGAUAGUGAGCUCACGACUGCAAAUGCAUAUAUAUAGGUUAUUUACCAGCCAAAGUCAGUCCGUAUUUUGAAACUGUGCCCGAAGUCUUGAAUAUCGCCCGAGUCACCCAAGGCUGUAGAUAGAGGGCGGUAUUCAACUUUCGCUAUUUCGCUAUAUUGACCAACCUAGGCAGGUGUAAAACAUUUUAUUCUUUUCUAGAAACUAACGAAACGCAUGCCAAAAGACCACGAACAAUUUAGGGCGGUAAUUACGGCAAGAUCCUCCAUAAACUAAACACAUUUUAGCGAGUAGAUGUAAA